CAUCACUCCUCUUCCAUCACAAACUCCUCCUCCACUCCGCCUCCAUCACUCCUCUCUCUCCCUCCGUCUCUCUUUCACUCAGAGGCGCCGCCUCUCAGCGCCACACCAAGCGGACCUGCAGCCGGGACCAGUCCGAAUAUCAUUGUCAUCAUCAUCAGCAUCAUCAGCAACAACAACAACAUCAGCAACAGCAUCAUCAUCAGCAACAUCGUCAUCAGCAGCAACAUCAUCGUCAUCAGCAACAUCAUUAUCAGCAGCAGCACCACCGUCACCAGCAUCAUCGUCAUCAGCAAGAUCAUCAUCAUCAGCAGCAGCAGCACCGUGACCAACAUCAUCAGCAGCAACAACAUCAGCAGCAGCAGCACCACCAUCAUCAUCAUCCGAAGAGAGCAGCAUCAACACAAUAAACAGCAUCAUCAUCGGCAACAUCAUCAUCGGCAACAUCAUCAUCGGCAACAUCAUCAUCAUCAGCAGGAGGAGCAGCAGCAGCGCGAAGGGCAGCGGAGUAGCGAUGGGAGACGGCGAGAGAGAAAAGCGGAGUCGCAAGCCCGCCAGGCCUCUCAAGAGGAAACUGCCUGCUGAUAUAGCGGCCUCUAGUGGCGAGCAAGUGUGGGAAGCUGUAUGCAAGACGGAAACCAGCGACUCCGUGCCUCCCAGCUCCCCACUGCAUCAGGCUCCCACUGCUCUCGACUCCUCCAAGGAGUCGCCGCCUCCCCCACGCCGUCGCCGCUUCCUCCUCGAGGUGAACGGCGCCAGCAAAGCGGUCACUCAGGUAGCACCGGGGCCCAUCCCCCUGAUCGUGCCCCUCCUCAGCCCCCCCCUGGCAGCGCCAGCGGCGUCGCCGCUCACCAGGGCACCCCAACUGCACGGCGCCACUGGGGAGGAGGAGGCGGGGGUGGCGCCGUGCCCACAGGCGCCGUGCUCCUGGUGCCAGAAGGUGGGGCAGCGACGCUACGCGCUGCCUAUGGGGGGAGAGAUCCGCGCCUUCUGCAGCGACAAGUGCUUCAGCGCGGGCCGGCGGGCACACUUCAAGCGCAACAAGGUGUGUGACUGGUGCAAGCAGGCGUGCCAGGCGCUUGAGUACCUGGGGUUCGGCGAGGGCGAGCGCCGGCUGCGCUUCUGCAGCGACAAGUGCCUGGGCCGCUACAAGAUCGACGUCUUCUACUCCGAGACUCGUGCCAACCUCCCGGCGCCGGGGUCGGCGGCGCCGCACUCCUCCUCCUCCUCCUCUUCCACGCCGGCCGACGGCGGCGCCAACGACGGCGACAAGCCGCCCUCUUCCGCCACGCCGGAUCGAGACAAGGGCGGCGGCGGCGCCGGCGCCGGCGGCGGCGGUUCUAACGCCGGUGCCGGCGACGUCGCCGCCAAGAUCGGGAAUGGCGGCGCUUGCCCGCAGGCUUCGCCGGCGCAGAGGCACCGGGGGCCGUGGGGGGAGGCGGCGCCGGCAACGGCAAAGUGCGGCGCCGGCCCCGGGGAGCUCGCCGAGCCGCCGCCGCCGCCGCGAUCGUCACCGGACGAGCGCCGGCACCGGCAGCAGGAGUCGAAGUUCGCCAGGAUGGUGGGGACGACGGCGCUGGCACCCAUCAAACGGGACGAGUCUCCGCCGCCCCCUCCGCUGCCGGGGCCGCAGGCGCCGGCGCGGGGCCUGCGGCCGCGGCUCCUGCCGGCGCCGGACGCGCGGAGAGGCGGCGUGGCGCGGCGGGCUGACGUGGCGGGGGCGGCGCCAUUGCACCAGCAGCGCGAUCCGGCCAAGAAGUCUCCGUGCCUCCUCCUCCCGGUCGCUGGGAAGGUUGAGAUCGGCGGGCAGCAGCAGCAGCCGCACCAGCAGCAGCAGCAGCACAACCACAACAACCGGCAUCACCAGCAGCAGCACCUCCAGCAGCAGCAGCAGCAGCACCAGCAGGUGACACCGCAGAACUUGCUGCCGGGGGCGCUAAGCACGACGUACUUGGUGAACCAGCCGGCGCGGUUUGCUGUGCCCGUCUUCCCGCAGGUCCAGCUGCCGGCACGGCCGGCAGCUGGCGCCGCUGGCGCCCAGGCUCCGGCUAGCGCCUACCCUCAUUCGCAACAGCAGCAGCAUCAGCAUCAUCAGCAGCAUCAUCAGCAACAGCAGCAGCAGAUGCCCCCAUACCCGCACGGAGGGCAGCAGCAUCAGUUCAUGAUGGUCCCUCCACUGGCUCCGCUGGUGCCUCCACCCACGCUGCUGGUGCCGUACCCGGUGCUGGUGCCCGUGCCGAUCCCCAUCCCCAUCCCCAUCCCGGUGCCUGUGCCGAUCGGACCCGGCGGCUGGGGUCGCCACGGGGGCAAUGACGGCGGUGGCGUCGGCGCUCACGUCCUCAUCAACGGAGGGGUUGGAGGAGGUGUUGGAGGAGGAGGAGGCGGCGGAGGUGGACGCGACCUGAAGGACGAGGUGACCCUCGUCAGCGUGAAGGUGGAGGCGGCGGAGGUUUGCGUGGCCGACGAGGAGAGGGAAGGCGGAACGCCCCUCGCAAAGAGAGACGGUGACGCUGGCGGCGAUGGCGGCGACGGUGACGGCGGCGACGAUGGCGGCGGUGGUGCUGAUCUCGCCGCUAGCAAACUUGAUGGUGCGAGUGACGGCGGUGGCAAUGAUGAUGGCGAUGACUUUGCCGAUCCUUGUGGUGAUGGUGGCGGUGAGGACGUGAGUGAAGAUGUUGCCGGAGCUGCCGCUCACGGCGAAGAUGCCGACGUCGCCGAUAAGACCCAGCAGCAGGGUGGUGGUGGUGGAGGCGAUGCUGCAGAUGGUCACGGGCACAAUGAUGAAAUCGGAGAUGCCCAUGUAGACGCCAAAGCUGGUGGUGGCGCUUGUGGUGGAUCUGGUGAUGGAGUUGCUGGUGAAUCUGGUGGUGAAUCUGGUGGUGAAUCUGGUGGUGGAGUUCGUGAUGGAUCUGGUGAUGGAGUUGCUGGUGAAUCUGGUGGUGAAUCUGGUGGUGGAUCUGGUGGUGGAGUUGAUGGUGAAUCUGGCGGUGGAGUUUGUGGUGGAUCUGCUGGUGGAUCUGCUGGUGGAGCCGGCGGUGGAGUUGGUUGUGGCGCUGCAGUCAGUGGCACAGACGCGGGUGGCGAGGCGGGAGAUCGCGUCGACGCCGGCGGCGCCGCCGAUGUCGCCGGUGCCGCCGCCGAUGUCGCCGGUGCCGUUGCCGAUGCUGGCGCCGCCCGGCGCGCCGAGCCGCCGGCCGUCGUGGACCUCACCCUCCACAAGUCGACCCCCCGCCCGACAAACGGCGGCUACGUCUGCGCCGAGGGUCGCCACGGUUGCGCCGGGACCAGGGCCGUCGGCGCGGCACUGGCAAUAGGUCGCGAUGCCGGCGGCGGCGGCGGCGGCGGCGGCGACAGGACAUCGGCGGAGAAGGCGGUCUUCCCGAACAGCGGCGCCGGCGCGGCAGCGCCGCGGCCUGUCGCUGAGUUGACGUGCGCCGAUUGCGCCAGGGGCAGCGCCGGCGUUCUCCGAUAGCUCGCCAGCCGGGGCACGACCUCGCGAGGGUUGUAGCCGCGUCCGGCGGCAGCACUAGCGGCAGCACUAGCCGUGGCCGGGGACACUAGCGGCGGUAGCAGCGACAAAGAUCAAAUCGAUGACAGCCGGGAGGCGAUAACGCCGGGCCGGCCCCGGUGCGAUGGCGGCACCGACGUGAGCCAUCGGGGGAGCCACCCUGGUGCCGGUGAGUUUCACCGUAAUGUGGCGCCGUGGGGCCAGCGAGAUUGACAGUCGCCUCCCCGUGAGAUUCACAAUCACCUCACCGUGAGAUUCACAAUCACCUCACCGUGAGAUUCACAGUCACCACAGUCACCUCACUGUGAGAUUCACAAUCGCCUCCCCGUGAGAUUCACAAUCACCUCACCGUGAGAUUCACAAUCAUCUCACCAUGGGAUUCACAAUCACCUCCCCGUGAGAUUCACAGUCGCCUCACCAUGAGAUUCACAGUCGCCUCACCGAGAGAUUCACAAUCAAUUCACCGUGCGAUUUUAUCGCAGGCCAAAUACGAACUGCACCGAGCCACCGGACCCGCGCAUCGAGUGAGCAGCAGCCAGUAGUGAAUCCCGGCUGGGCGUCAAGAUAUUUAAUUUAUACAUUUUCAGCACGCACGGUGAAUCCCGUCAAACGUCGGUAAGCAAAGCUUAACCGCAACGCGAAAUGACCGUGGUAAACUGGGCUACCUAGUCACAAUGGGCAAGGGUGCAGCCCUGAAGUUUCUUUCCCACGCCGGUCGACGAAUUGGCGGCGCGCGCGUGAUGGGGUAGCGUGCGGGUAACUCCCGUCUCUUCCGGCCCCCCCCCGGCCCCAGCGUGGAAGAGUAGGCCAAAUACACCCCUUCCCUUCGAGGCCUGGAGGUCUCUUUCAGAGCUUGCUGUCGUUGGCGUGUCGCGAUCCCGGUCCUAAGUCCGCUACUUGAACGUACGGCGCGGCGAGUCGCCUCGCUCCACGCGUGGGCGGCGUUCCGCCAGGGAACGCCGUUCACAACGGCGCCGCUGUGACUAGGAACACGUGACGUUAUAACUAGGAACACGUGACGUUACAACUAGGAACACGUGACGUUACAACUAGGAACACGUGACGUUACAACUAGGAACACGUGACGUUACAACUAGCAACACGUGACGUUAUAACUAGGAACACGCACGCCGUUAUGACUAGGAACACGUGACGUUAUAACUAGGAACACGCACGCCAUUGUAACUAGGAACACGCACGCCGUUGUGACGAUCACGCACACCGUUAUGACGAUCACGCACACCGUUGUGACUUAGCCCGCGCACUCACCGUUAUAACGAGGAACAUGGUCACCGUUAUAAUGCGGAACACUUGACGUUAUAACGAGGAAACACGGUCACCGUUAUAACACGGAGCGCGUGCCAUUCUAACGAGGAACACGUGCCGUUAUAACGAGGAACACAUGCCGUUAUAAAGAGGAACACGUGCCGUUAUAACGGGGAACACGUGACGUUAUAACGGGGAACACGUGACGUUAUAACGGGGAACACGUGACGUUAUAACGGGGAACACGUGCCAUUAUAACGGGGAACACGUGACGUUAUAACGGGGAACACGUGACGUUAUAACGGGGAACACGCGCCGUUAUAACGGGGAACACGCGCCGUUAUAACGGGGAACACGCGCCGUUAUAACGAGGCACACGUGCCCCCGUUAUAACGGGGAACAAGCACACCGUUACAACGCGGUUUCUGAGCCGUCGAUGACGAACCACGCUCUGGAGCCGCGCGACAGAGCGGUGCAGUGAUACGGCUGAAGCACGCGGUGUGCGUGGCCGUCCCGGACGUCCGUAUCUCGCCAAACUCCAUCGUCGUGGCAAUUCUUUUCGCCACGAAAAGUGCGUCGGGCGCGCUAAACGAGGUACUCGCUCGUCGUCCUAUCGACUCACGGGCCACGCUUUUGGAGACGUGAGGGCUAUAUAUAUAUACACAUCGGCGAGCGCUCUGGCAAGAGUUCCCGGAGUCUCCGGUUGUGCGUGCGUGGUGCUCCGGAUUGAGAAGUCGCCGGCAGCGACUUCUCAAUCCGGAGCCGUCGCCGUUUUGAAUUUUUCAACGAACGCUCCCAGGGGCGGUUCGUUCUGCUGCUGCUGCUGCUACUCGCAAGCGCCAAAUCGAUUAGGCCUGGCGUACAAUGCUCUCAACCCUGUCCGGACCACCAACUCAAAGGGAACUGAAAAAGUGUGGCUGUAAUUGGAGGUUAGGGCGCUGCGGGGGAGAAAUGUUAACUACCUCGCCUGGUACACAGGAGGUCGUGGAUUCCACCCCGACCCUGACGCCUGCUGCUGUAUAUUUAGAGUUUGCGUGUCUCUCUCUCUCUCCCCCCGUGGUCGUGUGGAUUUUUCUCCGGGUCCUCCGGUUUUUUUCCCUCCACAUUGCAGAAUUAAUAUCACCACGCAUCCAGAGCAUUUGGCUGCUAUAAAUGUCCACGUGAUAAGCCGCUUCGUUGAACUAUCGCUUGCGAUGGCCAGUACGCUCCUUAAAAAGAUCUGUUAUAGCUCAGUGGCCCUCAGCUGGGAAAAUAAAACAAUUAUAUCGGGUAAAAAUCUAAUGUAGGCAUCCCAACAGACAACAGCAACAGCAGCAGCAGCAGUGAAACAGUGACAGCUCUAGACCGGCUUCGUCCUCAUUAGGGCUCCUCAUCAUCAGUACAGCACAGGCUGUGAGCGUUGUACAGUGUGGCAUCGGGGUGGUGAUGCUUGCGCCAUGCAAGCAAGAAGGGCCUGGGUUCGAAUCCCGUCUGUGUGGAGUCUCUGCACGUUCUCUCUCUCGCUUCCCCAUGUUCUGCAGACCGUAUGUAUGUGUCUGUGAGUGAGUGAGUGUGUCUGUGAG